AGCGUUUGGUAUUUGCUGGCGACUCGGCUAGCUAGCUAGCUAGCUAGGAGCCUAGCACCUUUAGCUAGCUAGUUAGCCAGCCAACCAACCAAGGUGUGUGGGGGUCUCUAAUAUUUCACACAGCGUUCAACUCAAAGGAACUUAUCUGAAACUGGUCAUGGAGGGCAGUGUUUACACAGAAUAUAGGAAUUGUGAUGGUGUUGACCAAGUAAAGCCAUUGCUGGCUCCUGUAGCACCUCACCGAUACACAAAGGAGGAGCUUCUGGAAAUCAAAGAAUUGCCCUGCUCGAACGAAAGGCCCGAAUGUCUUUCUGACAAAUAUGACAGUGAUGGCAUAUGGGACCCUGAGAAGUGGCAUGCUUCACUGUAUCCCACUUCAGAGCGUAGCUCUCCAGUAGAUGGCUUUAAGAAGGACUGCACAGAUGACAGAGUUCCUCUGAAACGAAGAAUUCCAGAUCCACGUGAGCGUUUAAGAGAGGAUGAACUGGAUGUCAUACUCAGCCCUCAGCGACGCAGUUUCGGAAGUGGAUGUCAAGGCAAUGCUGCACUUGCAUCACACGCCCGUCGUCCGGUCAGCCCCAUGGAAAAUAAGGAGAAUGAGAGUGUCCGUCUCGGAGGGGUGCGCCGAAUUGGAAGUGGUCGCAUAAUUGCUGCUCGAGCCUUCGAGAGAGAAGCUCGUGUGGAUAAAGAGAGGGAGCGCGAGAGAGACUUCAAAGAUAAAAGAUUCAGAAGAGAAUUUGGAGAUAAACGUGUCUUUAGUGAAAGAAGAAGGAAUGACUCCUAUGCAGAGGAGGAGCCAGAGUGGUUUUCUGGUGGUCCUACGAGCCAAUCUGAGACAAUUGAGCUAAUUGGAUUCGAUGACAAAAUCCUGGAAGAAGACAAGCGCAAGUCAAAGCGUUCACGGAAGAGAACAGAGUCUACAAAAGAAGCAGUGGAAUGCAAUGGUGGACAGACUGAGCAAGAUAUGGUUUUGCAGUCUACAAGUGAUCAGGAGGUUCCACACCCUGAUGCUGCACAGGAGCAGUCUGUUAGAGACUUUGACUUCAAUGAGUUCUUCAACCUAGAGAGCAUGCCAGGCCUGGCUUCUAUGAUAGAGGAUGUUUUAGGAGAGGGUCCAGUAUCUGCAAGUCGUUUCAGUCAGUGGUUUUCCAAUAACCUGAGCCCUUCAGGCAGCCAUUCAAGCAGUCUACGAUCUACUCCCCAUGAGGAGUUGGAAAAACUAGCAGGGCUUGAACCAGGCUGCACCUCUCCCAGUCAGGGCUCUGUGCCGUACUUCACACCUAUUCAGUCAUCAGAGUCCAAGGAAAAGGUGGACAUCCUGGAGCUCCUGCACAAGGCCAAAAUAGACCUGAAGCCCCUUCUUUCUACACUAUCGGUCAACAAAGCUCUGUUACGAGAAAGUACUAACUCUGGGGUGGUGUUGUCACUGGAGGAGGUGGAGGGUGAAAUGAAGGGGAUGAAACUUGGGUCUGAACUGCAGGUACGGAAGAUGCCACCUCCAGAGAGAGGAAAUGGCACACCCUUCAUGGCUGAACACCUGGAGGAGGUGUUAACUGGUGGUUACAGUGCCCACCCACGUUCACGUGACACAGAUAUGUCAGCCUUUAAUAAGUUGGUUAGCAGCAUGAAGGCAAGUGGAACUCUGCCAACUCAUCCCAAAACCAAAACAAACAAUCAACCAUCAGAAGCUGUCCUGACAGUAACUGAAAAGCAGCUGCCUGCACAACAGCAAAAUAAUAUAUUCCAGGAGCUCUUGGGAGGUCCUCCUCGUAGUAGUUCUCCUGCACUUCUUGGAGGCUUGCUUGGGAAUUCUGAAGGCCCAGGGACUGGUGUUCCUCUACAGAGUCUAAUCCCCAAGGGCCCUUCACCCCCUAUAUUCUCACAGAGGAUGCCAUCACCAGACUACUUCAGUAGUCCAUUGCAACCUUCCGCUGGAUUUCCUGUUGGUCGGCAACCCUUGCAUCCAGAUCAGUUUACAGAUGUGUGCAGAUCUAUUAGCCCUGGUUCUGCUUCACAGCAACAGAUGAGGACACUCUCCAUGCCGGUGAAUCAGGCAGACCUGGAAGCUUUGGCAUUCCAACAGGACCUUGCUCUCCAUGCACACCACCAAUUCCACUCCACGUACAACAAGCAGCAACUCGACAAAGGUUUUCGAAAUAGACAGCAGCGUACAAUUCGGUCCCCUGUUCUGGGUUCUCAUUCAAUUGGAAGAAGCUCUCCAAGUAGUACGGUUACAAGUAUGUUGUCACCUUCAUUUAUGCCCACAUCAGUCAUCCGCAAAAUGUAUGAGACGAAGGAAAAGGGUAGGGAUGCGACACUAAAUCGUUCGGAGAUGAAAGAAGCCGCUACACGCUCCCAAGCUGAUACCACCUCUCCAAACAAAUACCUGGAAACGGCAGAUGGAAAUGUAGCUCAGUCAGGAGGAUUGAAGGCAUCAUUGACUUCUCAGGCAUCAAGCAAGGAGCAGGAACGUCUCAGGCUAGGCACAACCAGCCACCAUGCCCCGACCUUGAUAUCUUCAGGGCCAGCCUCAUCUUUCCCUCGACCCAUUUUCCCACUACCGCUGCUAUCCCAUGUACCUAUGGUUCGCCCACCUCCACCGCUCCACCCUAAUGUGGUGCAGCGAAUGCUAGCACAGGGUGUCCAGCCUCAGCAGCUUGGACCUGCUCUGUUGCAAGCAGGUAUAUUUCCUCCACAUGUUGACCUUGCACAAAUUCAAGGCUUGCCUCCUCCCUUGCUUGGGCAGCCGCUAUACCCUGUAAGUGCAACAGGGCAUCCGCUUCUACCUCCCAGAACCAACACACAGAUGCAGUUAGCAGUAAUGCAGCAGCAACUUCAUCAGCAUAGGCCAGUACAUGCAACUGUCCCUGGUCCUCAACAAAACCAAGGCCCUCAUCGCACAAAUGGCCCCCAGGGACUUGCUGGCAGCCCCCCUUUAGGUCUUGCUAGGUGGUUCGGAUCGGACGUGUUGGAGCAGCCGCUCCCUUCCAUGCCUGCCAAGGUUAUAAGUGUUGAUGAACUGGAGUUUCGGCCAUAAGAUAAUGGAAACACUGUGCUGGACAGCAAUUAUUCCCACCUCCUCUUUACAAGAAGAAAAUGUACUUUUUUUUUCUUUCUUUCCCCAUAGUACAACAUCUAACCAUGGAGUCUGCGGCCUUGAAUUCAUGUAUUUUGACAAAAGGGAUGAUGAGUGCAGGGUUUUGUUUUUGUUUUUUUUUUAAUCUCUGCAGUAAACAUUGAAUUAAAUAAUGUAUAGUCCCAAUUGUACAGAUUGUGGUAAAGAAUCGUCCUGUAUAUAGCUACAGUAUUUUUUUUUCAUUCUUUUCUUGGUAUUGGGAAGUUUGGCUAUUCUAGAGUUUAAAUGUAAAGUUCCAGUUACAAAGUGGUGGCGUUCCUUUGUCUGGUCCUCCUGUUACCCCACCCCCACCUGUGCUGCACCUGGAGCCACUGACAGUUCUCCUGACACUAAGUGUUGCUCCGAUGAAGUGUUUACUCUACUUAUUUUGUAACUUGGAUUCUGGCCCUUGUCCAUAUGUGAUUGGCUGGAGUAUUUCAGGAAGUCUGACUUUCAGCUAGUGCUGGUUUGUGCCUUUUUUCUUUCUUCCCCUUCCUCUUAAUGUUCUACUCCAGCCUGUCAGUGGAGGGGAUGAACACUGCUCACUUUUUUUCUCUCUUCCCCCUCCCCCUUUUAGGGGUGGUUGGGAUUCAAUUUGUGCUCAUAAGUUAUAAAAGCACAAAUACAAUUAAUAAAUAAAAUCUUCAAUUUAAAAAA